GGUAGCCUAGUCGUUGUGAGCGGAGAUAAGGGAAAGUGAGAUGGGAUGGAGGAGGAGUUUCCUCCGGCUGUAUUAAAACUCGUUGUUCUUGAGGCUCAGGGGUGUCUUUUCAGAAGCAACCUGGAGCAGCCUCAUACACAUGCCUGGAAACUUCGGAACAGAGGACUCACCAAGAAAGACCAGCUGCUCCCUCCGUUACACCGGACCGCCCUGCUCUGCACUGACCGAGCUCCAACCCUUAAUGGCCAGCAAUGUCGAAGCGCCUCCCGUGGAGAAGACUGCCCCGCCCGUGGAGAACACUGCCCCGCCCAAGGGGGGCGUGGCCAAGGGGGCGCCGUGUUGGAGCGGCGCCCUGAAGAAGAUGAGCCCGCGCGUCAUCGCGGUGGUCACCUGCUUCACCGGGGACAUGAACGCCUUCGCCAAGUGGAUGGAAAAGCAGUUCAUCCUGCUGCAGCUGCUGGACUGGAUCCUGCGCGGUGCCGCCCAGGUCAUGUUCGUGAACAACCCCCUGAGCGGCCUCAUCAUCUUCGGGGGCCUGAUCCUGCAGAGCCGCUGGUUGGCCCUCAACGGCUUCGUGGGCACGCUGUUCGCCACGCUGUCGGCCCUGCUGCUGCGGCAGAGCAGGGGGGCGAUCGCUGCUGGGCUCUACGGCUACAACGGCAUCCUGGUGGGGCUGCUGAUGGCCGUGUUCUCGGCGGCGGGGGACUGGUACUGGUGGCUGCUGCUGGCCAACGCCUUCAUGUCCUCGAUGUGCCCUGUGGUGUCAAGCGCCCUGGCGUCCAUCAACAGCCGCUGGGACCUGCCCGUCUUCACGCUGCCCUUCAACAUCCUGGUGUGUGUCCACAUGGUCGCCACGGGACACUACAACAACUACUUCCCCCAGGUCCUGAUCGAGCCACGCACCGAGCUGCCCAACAUCACCUGGGCGGAGCUGGACCUGGCCAAGCUGUUCAGGUCGGUCCCGGUCGGCGUGGGCCAGGUGUACGGGUGUGACAACCCCUGGACCGGGGGGAUGUUCAUCCUCUCGCUGUUCCUCUCUUCCCCCAUCACGUGUGUCCAUGGUGUCCUGGGGUCGGCCAUCGGCAUGGCCACAGGUCUGGCCCUGGCGGCGCCCUUUGGAGACAUCUACUUCGGCCUGUGGGGCUACAACAGCGUGCUGGCCUGCAUCGCGAUAGGGGGAAUGUUCUACGCACUCACCUGGCAGGUGCAUCUGCUGGCUCUCACCUGUGCUUUCUUCUGCGCUUACCUCGGCUCCGCCAUCGCCAACAUCAUGUCCAAUUUCGGCCUUCCCGCCUGCACCUGGCCCUUCUGCCUCUCGGCGCUCACCUUCCUGCUCCUCACCACCGAGUGCGUCCGGAUAUUCAAGCUGCCCCUGGCCAAGGUGGCCUUUCCGGAGAAGAACCUCUGCUACUACUGGACGCUCCGGCGGGAGGAGGAGGCAGAGAAGGAGGCGCUGAGGAAGGUGGAGGAGUUGGAGAAGGAGGAGGAGGCGCUGAAGGAGGCGGAGGAGAGACCGGACGAGAAGGAGGUCCUCAGGAUCCAUUUGGAGAACCGGGAGAUGGAGGAGAGGAGGGAGGCUGAGGAGAAGUCGAUGAACACGGACUCCAUCUCCGUGGACAUGGUGGGUCCCGGGGUGGUGUACGCUCCGUGAAGGUGGAGCCGGAGGGUGGAGGACA